GAACGACUUGCUGGUGGUAUCACCUUUAUUCCAUUUCCCAAGCCUGCCAGAAAUUUUGACAACUUUCACGAUGGAAACGCUUGUGUGGUCGCCCCAAGUAUCAACUGAACAUGGACAUACUUCGUGACCACAGCCGAGGAAAACAUUUCUUCGUAUGUACAAAGCACUUUGUUGAUGGAAAACCCUCCAAGACAUUUCCGGACCUUGCGUCUGCACAUGAACAAAAUGAAAAUCCAAAGACAGUAAGACCACGACCCAAACCACGCUUGCCAUUUAUGGGCGACAGAAAAAGGAAAGUUAUUCUUGAAACACACAGAUGUAAUCAUGGUACUGGUAUUUCUGAUUCACCAAAUCAGAUGGAUAUGGAACAUCCAGAGCCUACAAACAUGCUGCAGGAAUCUGAUAUUCUUGUCCAACAAAGUGACACCAUGGGUAAUUUUUUUAUGAAGUUUGUUUCCUUGCAAAGUAUGGUUUGAAGUGAUUGACAUACGUUUGUGACAGAGUUUCAAACAUAGUCCUCAAGGUAUUCCUAUCUGGAUAUAUCCGUUCAAUGUUAAAGUCUUGUCUGGUGUAGGUUACAAA